AUGAGUAAUCGAUCAUCAAAACGUAUUUUCGAUGAAAUAUCAUUAAGUGCUAAUGAAAUAGUAGAAAAUAAUCUAGCUGUCAAAAUUUUUAAAAAUAUGACAGAUACUACAAAAUCAAGUUUUCAAGAUCUUUGCGAAGAUAUUCUUCUUGAAAUAUUUCAAUAUCUCCGUUCAAUCGAUCUUCUCUAUUCAUUUAAUAAUCUCUAUUCUCUUCUCGAUACUCUUCUUGAACCCUAUACACAUACACUUGAUUGUCGUCUUAUGAGCAAAUCUUAUUUUCAAUGUUUAUCUCAAUCAUUAUUACCAAAUUUAACAAAUAACUUACGUGUACUUCGUUUAAGUAAUACCUAUACAUUUUCACAAAUUAGUGAAUUAAUUUAUAAAUUCGACUGGUCUCAAAUCAAUCAAAUUGAAUCAUUAACAUUUGAUUCGAUAAAAUUCGAUGAAUUAUCCAGAUAUUUUCUUAAUAUUCACCCAUUACUUGAACAUCUCUGGCGUUUAUCACUAACAUUCGACGAAGAUGAUAAAUUCUCCAAGCAACUACUUAUCAAUCAUAUAUUCAUUUCUCAAUCGCAAUCAUUAAUUAAUUGUUUCAUUACUGGUAUAACCUUUAAUCUAACUGAAUAUAUUCUACCAGAAAAAAUCAAUAAAAAUCUUCGUGAAUUAACUUUAACUUUAUCGACUACUACUGAUCUGAUAAUUCUCUUUCAAAUUCUUCCACAUUUAGAAAUCCUUACAUGUACAAUCAUUAAUAGUACAUAUACUGAAAAUAUUGAUCAAAUUCAAUCAUUGGAACUUUUAACAAUCUUAACAUUAACUAUUAAUCAACCAAUUGAAUUUAAAAUUUUACAAAACAUAUUAACACCACAUAUAAAAUUAAAACGAUUAUCAUUAAGAGCAACUUUACUUGAUAAGAAUGCAAAACAAGAAAUUGGUGGAUUAGAAUUAGAAAAACUCUUUCGAGUAUUUUCACAAUUAAAUGAAUUACAUUUUUAUUUACGUUGUUCACAAUCUAUUGGUAAUCACAUAACAACUUAUCAACCUGUUGAUUUAUAUUUAUAUUCAUUUACAUCUCAUUUUUGGCUUGAUCAAUCAAUUAAAGUAUUUACACAUUUUAUUCCUGAAACAAAACAACGAUAUAUUUACACAUUACCAUUCGCUUACGAUACAUUUUAUUUCGAUUAUGAUAUACAAUCAUCUUUUCUUGCACCUUAUCCAUAUUGUUAUAAAAAUGUUCGUCAUCUGAUUCUUUCCUCAAUAACUCAUCUCAAUGAAUUAACUUAUUCGGAAAUAAUUUUAAAAUUUUUUCCAAAUAUUAAAACAAUUACAUUGGUUAAUAUACGUCUUUUAUGCAGAACAACCAAUAUUUUACAUAGAUAUCAAUGGAUUCGUCAAAGAAUUCAAUUGAAUGUACCUGUAAAUGAUCGUAUAUAUAUUCUCAAUAGUCAAAAAUCAAGACAGUUGUAUUGCCAAACAUUGAAUACCACCAAUAGAGAUCAGGGAGUCAAUAGUAAACAUAUUCGACAAUUAACAAUUUAUGAAAUAACUAGAGAACAAAUAAUUAAUCUUAGUAAAUUUUUUCCAUCAAUUCAUGUUCUAACAUUUUAUGUUAAUGCAUCAGUAUGGUUUUAUUCAUCAACUGAUUGGUUAGAUUAUUUAUUAACUAGUAUGGUUUCAUUGUUUAGUUUAACUAUUUAUUAUCCGAAAGAUAUGAUAAUUAAAAAUUUCUAUCAAUUACUUGUUAAUUCAUUAAUUACGAUAAAAAAACAUUUUUAUAUUAAAUGUUGCGAUGGAAUAUUGAAUAUUUGGUUUUGA